UUUAACCAAUUAUAAGUUGACAUUAGAUAAUGGUAAGACCAUCUAAUUGAAAUUUUUGUUGUCUGAAAAUAGGUCUAAUACUUUAUUCACUUAUCCCAUAUUAAUUUAAACCCUUAAUAUUUGAAAAAAAAAAAAAAAAAAAAGUUGUAUGGUUUGUUUGUUACAUCAUAAUAGUUGUACUAUUUCACAUGUCCAUCUCUCUCUUUUAUUUUUCUCCUCCUAAAUAAUUGGUGUGGGAAAGAAAUGAUACAUGUAUUCCGAAACCAAAGCGGUUUGAUAGUGUUUCGCAAGUUACAAAAAAUGAGCAAUUCCUGGGCGGGGGGUCCUUAACAAAAGAUGACAGUAGAAGCUUAGAAGUUAGAACAAAACUCCCUCGAAAACCCCUUUUUAAUAAUUCUUUGCCAGGAACAGGAAAUUCUUUCUUCUCGCUCAGAUCCAUUCUCAUUUAUCUCACUCUUUAAUUAUUUCUCUCUCUUCAUCAUAUGACGUAAAUUGAAAGUAGCAACUGUUUUCUUCCUUUUCCCAUCUACCCAUAUCCAUUUACACAACCAACUUGGUUUUGUUAUUCAUUCAACGUUUCAACCCAACCAACCAUGAAUCGCAGCUUCAGAGAUUACAAUUCCUCCUCCACCGUCGUCAGAAAUCACCCCGCUGCUCCGUCGCAGCAACAGCCACAGAACCACCACCGCAGAGGCAACAGCUUGACCGGUGUCUCCAGAAACGCCGAUGACACUCUGGAUCUCUUCUCUCGCUCUCGCCGCAGUGUCUCCCUCACUACUCCCUCCGACGAAUCACAAGUGUCAAUGAGAUUGGGGAGGAUUACAACAGUUGGAUCAGUGACAAUGCCUGCCAGGACUGGAUUGGAUGAUCUUCUGGCUUCUGCUGAUGCCGGCAAGCAUGAUUAUGAUUGGCUUUUGACGCCUCCGGAAACUCCUCUUUGUGCAUCAUCAGAGAAGACUGAUUUCCAGCCAACUUCAGCCACUCCAAGAAACAGAUCCACUUCCACUACUAAACCGUCCAGGCUUUCUACUGCGCAAUUGGAUAGCAGCCAUUCAUCCAGACCAGCGAGAAGCAGCUCAGUGACACGCUCUUCUACUCUUAACAACACUUAUUCUUCAAAUAGAUCCACCUCUAUUCUGAAUACAAGUUCAGCUUCUGUUUCAUCUUACAUAAGGCCAUCCUCCCCCAUCAACCGUACAUCAUCUACUGCAAGACCUACCACUCCCUCAACGCGAACGACACCCUCACGAUCUUCUACUCCUUCAAGACCCCGUUCAUCAUCCAAUAUCUCUUCUGGCGACAGAACACGCCAAUCACAAAACUCAAGGCCCUCUACUCCUAGUUCUAGAUCGCAGGUCCCUGCUACUUCUAGCAUUCCUGUCACUCGAUCAAACUCUCGCCCAUCAACUCCAACUCGGCGAAGUCCAUCAUCCAACUCCUUAGCAGCUCCCAGCCUCUCUGUUUCAACAGGGCGUGUAAUGUCUAAUGGACGCAACCAGACAUCAACAUCGCGUCCUAGCUCCCCUAGUCCUAGGGUUCGAUCACAGCAGCCAGUUAUUCCCCCUGAUUUUCCACUUGAUACACCUCCUAAUUUAAGAACAUCAUUGACAGAUAGACCUAUUUCUGCUGGGAGGUCAAGACCAGGUACAGGUUUGACAUCAAAGGUAAAUACGGAGACUCCAAGCUCUGUUAAUAGGCCAAGGAGACCAUCUUCUCCUUUUAGUAGGGGUAGGUCUGUAGAACCACCUGGAAGGGGCCAUCUUCACUCCAAUGGCCACAAUACUGAUGUCUCUGAAUCCCGUAAAUCAGCUUAUGUUUCUGAUUCAAUGAGGAAACCUGUCAAGGCAUCCACAACUAUGGAGAAUGGUGGUAUGGGAAGGACCAUAUCAAAGAAGUCAAUUGACAUGGCUAUCAGACAUAUGGAUAUUAGAAAUGGUUCAGGGAGCAUGCGCCCACUUCCAAGUACCUCCCUGUUCCCUCAAAGCAUCCGGUCUGCUCCAUCCAAAAUCCAAACCGGUCAUGGGUCUGGCAGUCCAACAUCUGUCAACAGUAAUGGAAGUCCAUCACUUAGCAGUAAUGGGUCUAUGCUAGAGAAUGGUACACAUGCUAAUGGGUUGCUUGAGAACGGGAAGAAAGAAGAAAAUGGCAGGUUGUUUGGACGAUUGACUGGAGCAGAUAUGUACGAGAGCACCCGAUAUGAUGCAAUCCUACUAAAAGAGGAUCUGAAGAACACUACUUGGCUGCAUAGCGUGGAUGAUAUGUCUGAUCAGUGUUCUAUUUUUGAAAAUGGGUUUGAGCCUCUGCCAGAACCAUUUGGCCUCUCAUGAUUGGUUCCUUGUUUCGGUAUUUUACACAUAUAAGAUCUUCCAAAUUGAUUAUAUCAAAAGUUAUCUGAUUAUCUCUGCGUGAUUGAAUAUCUCAUUUUUGCUUGGAGAAGAGCUGAAUGUCUAUUGAUUGAUUGUUUUGCAAAGAAAUGUCUGGGUUUCCCAUGUUCCCGAGUCCUGAUGUAAUUGAUAAGAUAAAUUAUAACUUAAUGCCCUGGAUACUCCAGGCAAUAGUCAUAUAGUUCUGUACAUUUGAUUCAUUUCGCAAUAAUAUAUAUUGAUGAUUAUGUGUUAUCAUUU